ACGGUAUACGUAAAGAACUACAAUUAAAGUAUCCUUCACUAUUUUAAGCUUAUUCGAAUUUAUUCGCAAUUACUAUUUUAGGGAAGAAGAAGAAGAUUUUAUAAAUAUAUGGGAUGUGCGCGAUUUGGUAGCACUUCGAUUUUUUAAUGGCGAAUUUACUACGUGUGUGGAAAAAUUUCUACUAAUAAAUUAUUAAAAUAUAAAGAAAAAAGAAGAUUAUUAAGCUAAUCAGGUUAAAAAUCAAACCGAUAAAUAAAAUAUUUUUAUAAUACAAAGUUACGAGUUGAGGAUAUUUAAGCGGAAAAAUGGCAAGACUUGCUUUGGUCUAUCGGCCCGAUGCUGGUGAAGUAGGCAUUGGUCGUAGACAACUUCCAGUGCUUGUUCAAGAAAAUCUAAUGAUGCUUAUGGAUUUAAAUCAUAAAGGUCUUUGCUUCGAUAAGCCAUACAUAUUUGGUAAGGAGCUUGACGAGUUUAAACGAAAAUUUAAGCUGCUAAGCAGUGACGAACUUCGCGAGUCUUUAGAAAUUGAUGGUUCCACAUUUGUUUCUGUUCUUAAUCAAUGCGUGCAGUGUGUGGGUUGUCGUCGUAGAGUUGAAAGACUUUUUUAUCAGUUAACUCUUUCUGGUCAUCCAACGCUUGAUCCUUUAGUAUUUAAGAAUUCAUGCAUUUUGACUGUGUCGGAAGAGAAAUUAAAAACACCGCAGUUCCUUGGCACUUUAUUGCAUCGACAUCACGAGGUGCUUAAUAAUUUGAUUGAAAAUAAAUUGCGUAAUAAAACACGUUGUGUGUUGCACUCUUUGGACACGUUUCGCACCAAACCAUUUUCGGAAACCUGGCGCGAGGUUUGGGCCUCAAUGAUGAAAAAUCAUUGCCGCGAUGAGUUGGCUAUAAUAGAUACAGUUGAAUUACAUGAUGUGCUUGAAAAUUAUCUGAAGAAACAUAAGUUUUGUCAAGGCUGCCGCACGAAAAUUGAAAAAGCCUACAAACUUCUCAUUGGAGAAGUUACGCAAAAGGAAAAAGGAUUUGUCGCGGCGCUUUAUGCGAAUAUUAAAAAGUGCCAUCCUGAAAAGCACAUACAUAUACCAACUAGAAAUGUUGAUUUUCUUGAUGCAUUAAUAAGACGUGCCGAACCCGAAGUCAAUGGAAGUUACUCUAAGCAACGCGAGCGACAUGCAAAGACAUUGGAAAUUGCACAGGAGGAAGUCUUAACUUGUGUUGGUAUGAUACUUUACGAACGUUUAAGACUUGUAUAUGUAAGUCUGAGAGAAGAGGAGCGUGCCUGUCAGGUGUUAGCGGCUGUGGGCGUACAUGCUUUAUGUCGUAGUUUCGAUAUGUCUGUUGAGAAAAAGCGUGGUAUUAGCAAUUUGGAACUGCUUUAUCAAGAAAUAAGUCGUGCAGAAAAGGCAAAGGAACAUAAAAAAGAACUUAAAAAACUGAAAAGAAAGAAAAAGAAGGAUGAAAAGAAAAAUGUUAGUCGUGAAAGUGAGAGUGGUUUUGAGGAAUCUGAUGAACCAAAGGCUGAAGAUGAAUUGAUUGACGAUGAUGUUUCUAUAGGUAACGAAUCAAUCAAAGAUGAGACUUUAUAUAUGGAUGACGAUAAACUUGAGUUACUAUCCGUAGACAAAGAAAACAAUUUCGAUUCUUCUAUACCAAUUUUAAGUAAAAAUCAACAAAUGCCUAAAUUGGUACUGAAAAAAAAUAAAAAAAAGCAAAAAGUACAAUUUAAUAAUACUUGUAAAAAACUAACUGUAUCCUCACCAUCGCCGGAGCCAGAUAAAUUAAUAAUUAAUGUGAGUACUGAAAAGUGCUGGACUGAAUGUCUAAUACAGACGCCAGAUUGUCCAUGUGGGCGUGAUAUUAAGGAUUCUGGUUAUGGUAGCGAACCAAAUUCGCAGGAGAAUUCCCGUAUGUCGAGUAUAGUGUCUUCUCCUGAAGGUUCAGAAGUAUCGUGUUCAGAGGGUUUCUGUAAUCAUGAACAUGUUAAUGGGCAUGAACUGGAGGAUGAUGUGCCAUUGCAGCAUUGCGGUACUGAUUUAAGUGAACAGUUAUUAUGCCGCGGUGGUUAUUUAAGCUUGCAACAAAUGGUGGAUGAAUAUUUCGACGAAGAUGAAGAAAACUAUUACAUUCCCAAUGAAGUAGUCUUAGAAUUUAAAUGUCAAGAAGAAAAGGUACAGCAAAAAAUCCAAAUGCUGCGUAAAACCUUAAAGGAUAACUUCGAUCGUUUAUAUGCGCAAAAGAGCCGUUCUGUUUGUAAAUAAAACAUUAUCAAUACAAUUCUAAAAGCUACACAGAAUUCAAUUGUAUCAAUUAUAUUGAUCAUGCCUUUGUUUACUUGUUUCAAGUUGUAUUCUGAUGUAUGCUAUAU